GAAAUUUCCACUUCUUUCUUAUCCUUGACUUUUCUCUUUCUUGGUCUUCUCCCAUCUUUGCACAAUCUCCAUGGUUCAAGUUACAGCAUCCUGGGUCGUCUCCUCUGUCACAAAGGCGGCACUUGACAAGGCCGUCAAACAUGCUACCGACCGGAUCUCCUUUGCGUGGGGGUUUGAAGGAGGAGCCGGCAGAUCUUGUCCACUCCCUUACCCUGGUUGCAGCAGUGCUUGAACAUGCAGAAGAAUUGCAGUACAGUGAGCCGGUGGUGAGGAUCUGGCUACAAAAUUGCAUGUGAUCCUCUGGAUGUGUUGGAUCUGCCCCUUGGCUUUGUUGUAGCCAACAAACUUGAGAAUAUUAAAGAUCGUUUGGUGAAGGUGAAACAAAGAUGCUGUGUUUUUUCAGCUGAUUGCUGAUGCGAAGUGGAGUAGUCUUCCUCCAGGUCAGUCUCUUCCUGUAGAUUCCAUGCUGCCUGUUAAUUUCAAUGUUUUUGGAAGGGAUGAUGAUGUUUCACAAUUUAUGGAUUUGUUGCAUGCCUAAAAAGGAUAGAGAUUUCAUUUCUAGAAUUUCUGUAAUAGGUAUGCCAGGUGUUGGGAUGAACAAAAAAAUCUAUGAUCUAGUUGCUUGGGUUUGUCUAUCUGAUGAGUUUGAUGAAGAAAAAGUCUUGGGGGAGAUGUUAGAGCAUUUUAAGGGUACUACUGCUGCUCCAAGAAGCAAUAGUAAUGCUUUGCUUCAAGAUCUUGCCAAAAGUAGAGAAAGCAGAACUUUUCUUCUCAAUCUUGGUUAUGUGUGGAACCAUGAUCGGCACAAGUGGGAUGCUUUAUAUUAUCUUUGUUAAAAAUUGUGCAAACUUCUGGGAACUGCGCUGUAAUAGCAAUUGUAAUGAAGGGGUGACAUUGGUGGUGGGAAGCACACUUCCUAUUCAGAAUCAUUAUCUGGUGGAGGCGCUUUCAAAUG